AUGAGCUUUCUCUCCCUUGAAGUCUCGCACUACCUGCGACACCUUCUGCUCGCCGGUCUGACAGCGUUCGCUGUCCCCGAGUCGAUGAAGAUCUUCUGUGAGCUUCACCUCAAGGAGACCGUCCGAGCGGCUCGGGCUCCUAGGAGGGCCCGCGGGAAGGGGGGAGUGAAAGCAGGAGGCUGCGGCGAAGCGGAGGCUGCGGAGGAGGGGCUGCAGGGUGCGGUGAAGAAACAUCAGACCCAUCAGGCAAGCGACGGCAAGGGACCACUUGGUAGGUCAUCCAAAGCUGCACCCAAGACAGCGGGGCUUAGCACUGCACUGAACUACCGUGGCCAGGUUGAGACUGGCAUCAUCACAAGUGGCAAAGCUACACGAGUGGUUGAGAUUUACAAUGAGGAUGAGACCGAGUGCAUCACCAUCGGAGCCUCUGGCUGCUUGGGACGCAGGGCACAGCGCGCCAAGGGCACUCCGCCGAGCUCUUCGCGGUCUCGGCUCGGCCAGACACGGCUCUUCGCAGUAGCGGGACAACUUGACUCGCGCGCCCGAGCAGAAGUUCCUGGCAGCACCCGCACACCAGAGGUUCGGGAGAUCGUGAGCAGCUUCACCAAGAUCGAUGCAGACAAGAUCCAACUCAUCUCAAAGGUCGGUGUCUUCCCGGUGAAGCAGCGCCUCUCCGACGAGGUCGCCAGCAAAGUGGUGGCCAUUGGGGUGAAGAGCUUUAACCGACCACAUCAGAAGUAUGACCACAGCGUCGUGGUGAUUGGUGCCGGGCUGGGUGGCAUGCAGACGAUGAUCGGCUUAAUGCAGUCAGGUCGAAAGGACAUUGUCUGCUUAGAAAGACUAUCCAGCUUUGGUGGACACUCCUGGUUAGUGGUCUCCAACAAAUACACCAAGCUGCAGACCGAAAGUGGCAACUACCACGUGGACUUCGGCUUUCCCGAUGAACCGGCCACCAACGAAGUUGAGGGUGACCUCUACAAGACCUGGCCGACCAGAGAUCAGCUUCUGAAGAUGUUCAGAGAUGCUGCAAGGAAGCACAACUUGGGACCCGUCACCAAGUUCAAUACAAAUGUCGAGAAGGUGAGGCCGCUGCCAGAUGGCAACGGCUAUGCGAUCUACACCACGCCCUAUGGGCAGGAAGACGGAGAAGGAGAAUUGGUGGUGGCCUCCGCCGUGCUGGCGUGGCCGGGGAAUUUGUGCAAUCACCGGGAGAUUGAAUGGCCUGGUGAAGAUGACUUCGAUGGCUACAUCGCCUAUGCGUCAUUUUCCAAGGUGGAUUAUCGACAGGCAGAAGGAAAGGUCUGCAUCCUCUACGGUCACGGCGCUUUCACCAUCGAAAACGUGCGAACGCUCUGCGAGCACAAGUGCAAGAAGGUGAUUGUGAUGUGCCGGAAACGCAACCUCUGCGGAAUGCGGGUGAUGUCUUGGUUGGUCGGCUACUUGGAAAUGCCUUUGCCUGGCAAUAUCUUGCUGGAGGGCAUGCAGAAGAUGUAUGACCUCGUAGGAUUCGAUUGUUGGUCCGCUCACUGUGUCAAGACCGACGACAAGCGCAGCUUUGCACACGUGUCGCAGAAGACGGCCUUUGGUGUGACUGACGUCUACUUCCUGGCGGGCUACUACGGCCUCAUGGAGGUGCUGGUGGAUGAAAUCAAACGCUUGACCACCAACGGUGCACAGACCAAGAAAGGCAAGAAGAUCAAGUGCGAAGUCAUCCUGAAAGCUGUGGGUGUGAUGCCGGACCCGGCGAUUGACAAGAUGUUGGGCCUCAAGGAGCUGGUCGGCCUGUGGGUCAAUGGCGAUCCCUUGCGUUCGGUUUGCUGCAAUGGCAUGUUUGUGGAGGCUCAGAAUUUCGGUUCUUUUGCGUCUGGUCCUCCCUUCGCUCAGCUUGCUCGGGUAACUCGAUGGUUCGUGGAUUACCCCACGGACUUUGAGACCAUCAGGGGCACCCUCCCGAAGUUGACCGGAAGUCCCGAGAAGCCAGCGUAUGUGCCGACGGCGACGCACAUGUUGCCCACCUUUAGCUGUUUCAACCUCAUCCCAAUGCUUGCGGCAGAGAUGGCCGUCUAUGGCGCGUUGAAGCACACCAAGCAGAUGGCGAGACAUCCUCCCAAGCAGUACAUCGCCGAAUGCCGAGCGGAAUGGGAGGCCUACAUCAGGCAAUGGAAGAAGGAUGGGAUGAUUGAUGACAGCAAGCCAGAACCGCCGUACCCGUACACCGAGACGAUGGUUCAAGGCUGGAUCGACCGCACCAACAUGGAGUGGAUGCAGAAAGCCGCACGCCAGCAGCAGCGGCUGGCCCAAGCGUGA